ACCAAAAGCGCAUCAGACGCGCUCUCUGUCGCGCACACGAGUUUCCAAUCGAUCACAGUUAAGUUGGACUAAAUCUGAACUUUUUUUCUGCUUAAGAAUAUUGUUUUCAGUCACAAAUCACAAUGGUAGAAUUGUGGGACAGAACAUCAGAUUAGAGGCUUGGGCUCAGUUCUCUACAGGACUGCAGUGUUUGCAUUGUGACAUUGUAACCUGUAGCUUUGAAGCUGCUCCCUGCACAGAUAAAGAAGAGGAUACAGAUACUAAAAGGACCAUGGAUAUUGGCAAUGAUGUGGAUUUGUCCAACAAUAACAUUACUCCUUUGUGGAGGCGGCGCUCGGAUAACUGCAGGGGCCCCCAAGACGCCAACAAACCAAAAGCACGGCCCCUCAGUUACCACAUAAAUGGGGUCAUGACAACAGACUUUCCUGUGGAGGAUAAGUGUUCCUUCACUUUGAGCCAACCUGCUGAGAGACUACUGGUUACACCCACCUGUCCUGGAAGAAACACUACAGUGCUAAAGCAUGUUCUGCACAAACCCUCCAGGAAAUCCAGAGUUGUCCGGAGCAUCAGCAUCGGGCAUCUUUCCAACGGACGUUUCUCAUUGUCCAAAUUUAGGUCUGAGGACAGCAGAUCUGCUUCACUGGACAAUAGAGUGUGUAAUGGAGAGUGUGACAGGGAGAAAUCCAGUAAUGGAGUUCCAGUAUGGCCUGAAAAGAAAGGGAUGUCAAAUCUGUUCAAUCUGAGCACAAGGAAAGACCAGAUUACUUUUGGGACAAGUUCACCUUCACCUCCUCAAAACUGUUCUUCUCCUGUUCCUUCUCCUCAAACCCCGAAUAACAACAGCCACCACCAUCAUGAACUGUCCUCGCCUUCAUCUGCAUCCAGUCCUUCUCCUCUUGGCCGGCAUACCCCGACCCCCUCCCACAGCUCCACUUCAAGCAUCCCCUCCCUCUCAUCCCUCACAUCCUCAGACCCCCCCACCCCACGCUCCCCGUCUCCAGCAGAACGAGGACAGACGCCCCUCACAAAGUCCUCACCCUUGCACACUUCUACGCAGGAAACAAGGCCGUCUUCAUCUUCCUCUGCCUCACCCACUCCCUCUCUUUCCCCGUCCAUCUCUCCUUCUUCUUCUUCCAUCGUUCUCAGCACCCACAGCCCAGCUGCUCUGAAGAUGGGCACCCAGCAGCUCAUCCCCAAGGGCUUAGCAUCUGACAUUCGGCAGACCAAAGCGUCUCCUGCUGCGGUGCAAGGUCAAAGUUUAGCAGGACUGCUGGGAUUGGAUAGUUCCAAACGAGCGUUAAAAGCUCUUAGCAUGGUGGAGACAGGGACAUACUUCUCUACAGGGGGCUCUGGGGAAGGGGCAGAUGGGGACAGUGAAAGCCCAGGCACAUUACGAAGAGGCUUGAGGAGUACCUCCUAUAGGAAGGCUGUUGUGAGUGGAGUGGAAUUGGAGGUUCCCACAGUGGAUCCAAAGGCCCAUCGGCUUUCUCAGCCUCUUAUCAAAGGACUAGAUGGAGAUAAUGCAGCUUCUCCAGUGAGUCCAUCAUCUCCUCACACUAUUAGCCCUACCAGUCCAACAACACCCAAAACGUCCAGUCCAACAAUACCCAAAACCGCCAGUCCUGGCACGCCAAAAACUGUGACAACAGCAAAACCUACAAGUCCUGGAAGAGCAAAACCUUCAAGUCCUGGAACAGCAAAACCUACAAGCCCCGGGACCAUCACAGGAAAAAAUAAGAUAAGUUCAGAUAAGAGGAAUGUUUUGAUCACGCAACGAACGUUUGAUAGUGAGGAGGAGGAGCUUUAUCAGAACUACCAGGAGAAGGCCUUACAUAAUGACUCAGAUGAAGACGCCGAUUCCAGAGAGCCCAAACCUGAUAACGGCAUUGUGGUGCAGUACAGACCCAUACGCACCUCCUGGAGCCAACUCAGCGUGGUAAAGAAAAGUGGCCUGUCUGACCGUCUGAGUCAAGAGGAACGCAAAAGACAAGAGGCCAUCUUUGAGCUCAUCUCCUCAGAGCACUCGUAUCUGCACAGUCUGGAGAUCCUGAUCCGCAUGUUCAAAAACUCUGCAGAGCUAAGUGAGGCCAUGACCAAGACUGAACACCACCACCUUUUCUCUAAUAUCACUGAUGUCUGCGAGGCCAGCAAGAAGUUCUUCAGUGAGCUGGAGGAAAGGCACCAACAGAGCAUAGUUAUCAGCGAUGUCAGCGAUAUCGUCUGCAAACACGCUCAGUCCAACUUUGACCCGUACAUCACCUACUGCUCCAAUGAGGUCUACCAACAGAGGACCCUGCAGAGGCUGGUCUCCAAGAAUCCAGCUUUCAAGGAGGUGCUGACCAGGACCGAGGCCCACCCAGACUGCAGGAACCUCCCCAUGAUCUCCUUUCUCAUCCUUCCCAUGCAGAGGAUCACUCGCCUGCCCCUGCUCAUGGAUACAAUUUGUCAGAAGACGCCUAAAGAAUCUGCACAGUAUGAAGAGUGCAAAAAGGCUUUACAAGCUGUCAGCAAGGUGGUGAGGAAGUGUAAUGAAGGAGCUCGCACCAUGGAAAGAACAGAGAUGAUGUACACCAUCAACUCACAGUUGGAGUUCAAGAUUAAGCCUUUCCCGUUGGUGUCAUCGUCCAGGUGGAUGGUGAAGAGAGGAGAGCUGACGGCCUUUGUAGAGGACAACGGCAUCUUCCUGAAGCGGACGUCACGGCAGCAGGUCUAUUUCUUCCUCUUCAAUGAUGUCCUCAUCGUCACUAGGAAGAAGAGUGAGGACAGUUACACUGUUAUCGACUACGCUCUGAGGGAUGAGAUCUGGGUGGGAUCCUGCCAGCCAGAGGAUCUCAACCUGUCACCCGUCAGAAGCACCGCCAGCAUGUUGAGCUCACGCCAAGCCGGCGGCAACCACCUCUUCCGACUUAACUUCCACAGCAAUCACUCCGGUGAAAAAGUGCUGAUGAUCCUGGGGACAGAGUUGAUGAAUGAGCGAGCGCGAUGGAUCAGUGCCCUGGGUCAGAACCUCAACAAUAAGAAGAGUCAGGACAGAACAAAUGCUAUGCAAGUGGAGGUGAUCCGAACUUACACUGCCAAACAGCCAGAUGAGUUAUCCCUGCAGGUGGCUGAUGUGGUGCUGGUUUCACAGACCGUGGACGGUUGGUAUGAAGGUGAGCGCCUGCGAGACGGAGAAAGGGGCUGGUUCCUCGCAGAGUGCAGCGAACCAAUCACCUGCCAAGCCACCAUCGAGCGUAACAUGCAGAGGAUGGACCGUUUGCAGGGGUUGGAGACCAACGUGUGACGACUGUGAGGUGCAUACUUAAACCAGAGAGACCCCCCCCCCCCGGGUGCAGCAGCGACCUGCCUUUAUAAGCGAUGAACCCAGACAAAUGAGUUCAGUAACAGGAACCUAUUUUAAAAGGACCACGAGGAGAAUCAAAGCGUUGUGGAUGCUGCUCUCGCUCCUCUCAGAUCAAACCAUAACUCAGACUCCUGCUCGGUGUCCACUGAAUAAAUAUCAGGCAUGCUGACUUUGAAAGCAAAGACUGUGUUCAGAACAAACAGUGGAAGAGCAGAGAUUUCCUUAAUUAAUGGUCGUUUUCUGUGUGUGUGUGGGUGGGAUGAUUUGACAGUGGGAUUUGUCACAUUCAUUAUUUAUCUGCUGGUUAGAAAACUUCACACCCACUGCCGAAGUCACUGCUUUCAAGACUCUGCUACAUGACAGACGAUGUGAAAUUUGUACAAUUUUUCUUGUCAAACAUAUUUUGAGUGUAAGUGAUGUGCAAUGUAAUAACAGAGACUGCAUCGCCGCUAUAGGAGGUAAAGUCGACCAAAUAGCGACAGACGCCUGAUGCCUGCACCGUUAAUGAGGCUAAGGCUGCAUAAUAAGAAACUUUCCCACUAGUUAGUUCUGAAACUGAUAAGAUGAUGUGAUGGGCACCUCCCUUUUACAGCGCGUGGGUUAGUGCAGAAACUCGUCCUUCAGUAGCAUCUGAUGGCAAAUGAAAUUGUAUUGAUGCAGAGUGAUAUAAACUGAACUGUAAAAGAAAACAUACACUGG